UGCAACAUGACGCCCCCCAGCUCACAGCAUGGCCUUUGGUUUGAACACAGUCCGAGUCGAAAAUCAUGGAUUUUGAAAGUUUUCAUCGGCCCAUCCCCGAGAAUUUGCCCAAGUCCUGGUUCGAGUUUUUGCUCAGUCCUGAACUCCUGACUCAGCAUUUGCGACAACCAAAUCCAGAUCCGUCACCCUAUGACUUGAUUGAAGAAUUCCUCAAGAAUGCAUUUCAGAAAGACUUGGAAGUUCAGAGCAAAGGAGAAGAAGCUGGUGAUGCUUCAAAGAAGGAGCCCAUUGGUGAUGAUGCCCCAUCUGUGAAAAAAUCUGAAGCACUGAGGCUUCUUGCUGUCAAAGUUGCAUCCUAUUUGGAAUGGGACCUUGGCAAGCUCAUGGAUCGGUUGAGUCUUCCUAUCCAACAGAGUCUCUUGGAGGACUUGGUAUCUUUUACCACAGGACAGGCAUUUGUGUCCAUAAAUCAUUCUGAAAUAAGCCUGAACUCAUACUCAGCACAUGAAUGCUGUGCACUCUCACUUUAUCAUCGAUGGUGUCUGAUGGCUUUGCGGAGGAGCAGCUAUCCUGCUAGACCCAUGAGACCCUCUGCCAUCCAAGGGCCUGGACAGAACAAUUCUCAAAAUUAUAGUGGGAUUUUGAGCCAGGAGCAGGUACUACAGCUGCUGGAUCAGAUGGAGCCAUUGUCUUUGGAGAUCUUGCAACAGAUGGCUGGGCAAGAUCUUCCUAUUUCACUCCCAGUGCCAGAAUGCUUCAAUAUGCUGCAUCCUGAUCGACCCUCUGCAGAACAUGACUGGUCAAAAGCUAUUCCAAUCCCUCUUACAGAAGCACAUUGCCAGCUUUCCUAUGAUUUGGGCAUUCACUUCUUCUUCGUGGAGCGUUUUGCCGAAGCAAAGAGUGCAUUCAGGCUUUGCCUUGACAAGCGUGCUCAGAUCUCAUCCCCUUCAAAGUAUGUGCACAUUGAUGAGAAGAUUCUUGAGGGACAUUGCAUGGCUUUAGAAAUUCCUCAUGUUGCCUCCAAUGAUGCCAAAACCCCAAAGUCAUCACUUCGUACUAGACUUUGGGAUGCUCUUAACCAAAGGGAUGAGCAAGGAUUGCUAGAGACACUAAAUGAGGACAACCGACUCCAAGAAUUACGCUCAGAAACAAGAGAGCAGCUAGAAGAUAUCAUGCGAGUUACAUGGAGCCCAGAGUCGAUUCUGUCCGUACAAGUUUCCAAUUCUAUUCGUCGAGCAUUGGACAGUCACCUGAGCACCAAGAGGUUUGACCUUGUUGUGAAAGGAAGAGAAAGAGCAAGUGCAGAAAGUCUCAUCAAGGGAGUGAAGACAGUGCUACCAGCAAUUUCCCAAGAACAUAGGCUGAGGCUCAAGCAUUUCCUUCAGUUCUUAUUCAUCUCCAGUUCCAAAGAGUUCAUCAGGGAAUUGAGUGCUGCAACCCAAACCUCUUUCCCCAUUCUGUCCCUGGUUGGAGAGGAUGUUGUGAAGAGAGCUGAUGCUCAAUGGGCACCAGAGCCACAGUUGAUUGCAACUGGAUGGGAUGAUACCAAAGAUUUCACAGGUGGGAUCUAUGAAUUGGAAGUUUCUGAAUCAAUACAGACUCUCAUAGCAUCAUACGACAACACUGUCAUCCGAGACCUGAUCCUCCACAUUGGAAAUGCUGAUCCCAAGUCGGCAGUUAGAAAUGUCAAUGGACAGUGGGAAGUGCCUCCUGCUAUCCAGAGCUGCCUAGAUUCUAUGGGCUUGGGAUUCUUACCAGAUUUCAUCUUUAUCAUGGUUGCUAAGGCCAGAGAACUUGUUCUUCUCAAGAGUUAUGGAGAAGCGAAGUCGCUCCUGGAUAUAGUUCUACAAGAAGUCCGAAACAUUGGCCCAAAAAUGGGCUUCAAACUUCGUCAGCUAAUCAGUUGGGAGCGCUUACUUGUGGACAUCACUGCCUACAACACUGCUUUUCCUAACAAUUCUGGAACUGCACUGAAGGAGACAUUAGAAGGAGCAAGGGGUUGCCUGACAACAGCAACACGAGGGGGUGAUGCAGUGUUACCAAGGCCUGAACUUGUGGAGCACUGCUGUGCCUUUCUGUUGAAUCAAGCUGACUGGGGUUUCUUGGCAGCCAUGAAGGCCAAUUGGAGCAUGCUGGAAUUAUCUGCUGCCCUUGCAGCCGUAUGCUUUGAAGUAGCAGAUUCUCGCCAUGAGAUGGACUCCAGACACCAAAGAAUCUCUUCUUAUUGUCUAUGGGACUUGAUAUUGCCCCUUUUCUGCAUCAUCCAACCACGUCGGGGGAUGGAAGCAGCAGCCACAGCUGCAUCCCUCUCACGAGCUGCACUUCAAGUUUUCAUUAGCCACCUCCAUCAUCACCUUGUCAUAGGACUUCUCAUAUCCUGUCUUACUCGUCUCUUCAAUAUCCUCAAGGAUGAGCCAUCCCUUGAGGUGACUCUGGAAUAUGCUCAAAUCUGGCCAAAUGUUGUCAGCAAUCCAAAUGGAUACUGCCUGGAUUCAGUCACAGAGAACCUGAGACUAGUCCUUGAUCGAGCCCUCUCCCUUUAUCCUUCUCACAUUCCAUGGCUUCAUGCCAAGGCAUCUUUCCACUAUGCCCUGUAUCAGUAUGUUCCUUGCUUGAGAACAUACCUCCUCAUUGCUGAAGUUGCAUCUGAGUACUUUGUGAAACCCAUUCCAAAGAAUAUUCUUGAUGAUUCUACCUUGAAGCGAAUGAUCAAUUCAUGCAGUCAGCUUCAAUACUUCACUCAGGCAGCUGUGUUAUGUCAGUUUUUUGAUGAUGUGGACUACAAGAGGGCCUUUCAAUGUUUGAGUGAGAAAUAUUGUGUGGAUGCGGGGGAUGAAUAUUAUGACUACAUAUGGGAUAUCACCAUAUUGGAGUUCCUCAUCCACCUCCACCAUAAGAAAGGAGAAUGGCAAAAGAAGCAGAAAGUGUUAAAGCUGAUGGGGCGACUGGAUUUGAACAGCAACAAUCCAGAUGAAAUCCGAAAGGAGGCAGAGAAUCUCCGCAGAGCUAAGUUUCUCCGGGCCCUGUCUGCACACCUCACCUGAUGUCUGUGAAAUUGUCUCUUGUUGAGU